AGCUCCUCGGGAAAAGGCCUUUCCAUCCCAACAAGCCAACAGAACAGGAGGGUUGUACAGCUGUGACAUCGCAUCUCCAAAUACACGCUGCACACGUGUCGUAUUCGAUGAGGAGACUGACCCAAAGAUGGAGAGUAAAGAAGACCAAUGGAUGGGCGUAACUGUCCAAAGUCAGGGGCCAGGAGGAAAUGUGGUGACGUGUGCACAUCGCUAUGAGAAAAGGCAGUAUGUAAACACAGUGCAGGAAACCCGGGAUAUCAUUGGAAGGUGCUAUGUGCUGAGCCAGGAUCUCACUAUUAAGGAUGAUAUGGAUAAUGGAGUAUGGAGUUUUUGUGAUGGUCGUUUAAGAGGCCAUGAGAAGUUUGGCUCCUGUCAGCAAGGUGUUGCUGCUACUUUUACUAGAGACUAUCAUUACAUUGUGUUUGGUGCCCCAGGCACUUACAAUUGGAAAGGGGUGGUUCGCGCAGAGCAAAAGAAUCAGACAUUUUAUGAUCUGGGUAUCUUUGAUGAUGGGCCUUACGAAGUUGGUGAUGAGAGCCGCCAAGAUAAGAAUCUAGUUCCUGUUCCAGCUAACAGUUACUUAGGUUUCUCUUUGGACUCUGGUAAAGGAAUUGUCUCCCAAGAUGAGAUGACUUUUGUGUCUGGUGCCCCAAGAGCCAACCACAGCGGAGCAGUUGUUUUACUGAAAAAAGAGAAAAAUCAGAGAGCGCUUUCCCUCGAGCACAUGUUUGAAGGAGAAGGGCUGGCCUCCUCUUUUGGCUACGAUGUUGCUGUUGUGGAUCUCAACAAUGACGGAUGGCAAGACAUUGUUGUUGGAGCCCCGCAAUAUUUUGACAGAAGUGGAGAUAUCGGUGGUGCUGUGUACAUCUACAUUAACUGGCAAGGCAAAUGGGAAGGAGUAAAACCUAUUCGCUUAAAUGGAACCACUGACUCCAUGUUUGGUCUUGCAGUUGAAAACGUUGGGGACAUUAAUCAGGAUGGAUACCCAGAUAUUGCAGUAGGGGCUCCAUAUGAUGGCUUUGGCAAAGUGUACAUUUAUCACGGAUCCACGAAUGGAAUAAAUACAAAGCCAGCACAGAUUCUUGAUGGUGAAAAAACAGGCACCAGUUUCUUUGGUUACUCUAUUGCUGGGAACAUGGACCUGGAUAAAAAUUCCUACCCUGAUGUUGCUGUCGGUUCCCUUUCAGAUUCUGUAUCUGUGUUCAGAUCUCGGCCUGUGAUAAGCAUUAGAAGAAGCAUUACAGUACAGCCUGACAGAAUUGAUCUAAAGAAAAAGAACCCUGAGGACCCUAGUGAAAUAUGGAUGGAUGUGAAAGCAUGUUUUCAAUAUACUGCAAACCCCAGUGAUUUAAAUCCAAGAAUAAAGAUCAACUAUACAUUUGAAGCAGAAAACGAGAGGAGGCAGUUAGGCCUGCCGUCUAGGGUACGGUUUAAAGACCACCUGUCUGAUCAGUUUACUGCAAGUACAACCCUAAGGGGGCAGAACUCAGAAGAGUGUGUGACAACCAAGCUUGUACUGCAGGAAAAAAUUAAAGAUAAGCUGCGCCCCAUUCCAAUAUCAGUCAGUGUUAAAAUUGCUGGCCUGGAGUCUAGCUCACCAUCCACAAGAAAAGAGAGAGCACUUCCGGAUCUUAUACCAAUUCUAAAUUCAAAUGAAUCUGAAACAAAGACCACAAAAGUGGAGUUCUUAAAAGAAGGAUGUGGAGAAGACAAUGAAUGUCACAGCAAUCUGAAACUUCAGUACCGGUUUUGCACUAGAGAAGGAAACGAAGACAGGUUUACUUAUUUACCGAUUGAAAAUGGCAUGCCAGUGCUUGUUCUGAAAGAUCAGAAAGAUAUUGCCCUGGAAGUAACAGUGACAAACAAUCCAUCUGAUGCAAAAAAUCCACAAAAAGAUGGUGAAGAUGCAUAUGAAGCCAAACUAAUUGCAACUUUUCCAGACAGUCUGACGUAUUCUGCAUUCAGGGAGAUGAGGGGUUAUCCUGAAAAACAGCUAACGUGUGGUGCUAACCAAAAUGGUUCUCAAGCAGAGUGUGAACUUGGAAAUCCUUUCAAAAGAAAUUCCAACGUAACCUUUUAUCUGAUCUUGAGUACCACUAAAGUUAAUGUUGAUACAACAGACUUGGACAUUAAUCUCAAGUUGGAAACAACAAGCACUCAAGUUAAUUCGACUCCAAUUACAGCUAGUGCUAAAGUGGUUCUUGAAUUGCUUUUAUCACUCACGGGAGUUGCUAAGCCUUCUCAGGUAUAUUUUGGAGGUAGCAUCGUUGGUGAGAGUGCUAUGAAAUCUGAAGAUCAUAUUGGAAACCUCAUAGAGUAUGAAUUCAGAGUAACUAACUUGGGCAGACCACUGAAAACAUUUGGUACCGCUUCCCUGGACAUCCAAUGGCCGAAAGAAAUUAGUAAUGGCAAAUGGCUGCUUUAUUUGAUGAAAAUAGAUUCCAAAGGCUUGGAAAAAGUCUCUUGUCAACCUGAGAAUGAAAUCAACAGUUUGCAUGUUGCGGAAUCCCAUAGCUCAAGAAGGAAACGUGAGGUUGCAGAGAAGCAGAUUACAGACAGCAAGACGUUUUCUUUAUUCUCAGAAAGAAAAUACAAGACCUUGGACUGCAAUGUGAAUGCACGCUGUGUGGACAUAAAAUGUCCCCUGAAGGGUUUAGACAGCAAGGCAUCUAUUGUGCUGCGUUCCAGGCUGUGGAACAGUACUUUCUUAGAAGAAUACUCCAAAAUGAACUACCUGGACAUUCUUGUUAGGGCUUCAAUCAGUGUUCCUGCUGCAGCUAAGAAUGUUAAACUCACAAACGAAGUUGCUCAGGUGCGUGUGACUGUCUUUCCUGCAAAACCAGUAGCACUUUAUACAGGAGUACCUUGGUGGAUCAUCUCGGUGGCUAUUUUUGCUGGAAUACUGAUGCUUGCACUGUUGGUAUUCUUACUAUGGAAGUGUGGUUUCUUCAAGAGAAAUAAGAAAGAUCAUUACGAUGCCACAUAUCACAAGGCUGAGAUCCAUGCUCAGCCAUCUGAUAAAGAGAGGCUUACUUCUGAUGCAUAGUAUUGAUCUACUUCUGUAAUUGUGCGGGUUCUUCCAGCGUUCUAGGUACGAAGACAGCGUCCCCCGAUAUCAUGCUGUAAGAAUUCGAAAAGAAGAGCGGCAGAUCGAAGAUGGGAAAUGCAAAGAUCUUGAGACAAAACAGUGGUUCACAAAAUGGAAUGAAAAUGAAAGUUAUUCUUAGGGAAAAAUUAUUUUCAUCCACAAAGUUCAGAUAGAGGUUAAGGUUUUCAUUAAUGGAAUACUGAUGGAGUUAGACCUAUGAACAUUCACCAUUUGAUUGUAGAUAUUACUACUUAUAUUGAAGCUUUUGUUUGCACAGUUAAAAUUGCUUCAACAGACUUUAUUUGCAUUAUUUAAUUUCCAGACUGCCUCUUUCACCCUUCAAAUCUAACUCACGCUUUAGAAGAUACUGUGUUGAUUUGGGGUCUUUUCCGCAAAAUAUGCAAAACCACUACAGCAGACCUUUUCCUGUGAUCCUAACCUUCCUAGGUAUGUAAGGAACGCAUGGUCAAGACAGGUUCUCCAUCCUUCCCUCAAUGCAUAGUCUAUUAUAAACACACAGU